AAAUACAACAAAAAAACAAUAAGUGAAAAGAUGUUCUUCAUUAUAUUUCUUGGAUUCGUGCUAGUAUUACUAUACUUAUACAUCACCCAAAAUUUCGAUUAUUGGAAGAAAAGAGGAAUCAGUUAUUUGGAGCCAAGUUUCCCAUUUGGAAACAUCUUCCCUUUGGUUACCUUCAAGAAAUCUUACGCGGAUUUAAUGGCACAAAUCUACAAUUCCUCCAAAGAAUCCAUCGUCGGCUAUUGGAUCUUCAACAUACCGUUCUUGCUGAUUAGAAGCCCUGAACUGAUCAAAAAUAUAUUCGUCAGAGAUUUUGACCACUUCAGCGAUCGCGUUUCAUCCUCCAUCAAAAUCGACCCCUUCGUCGAGAAAGCUCUAUUCUGUUUGGAUUUCCACGACUGGAAGAUUCUGCGUUCAAAACUCUCACCUUCAUUCACAACUUCGAAGUUGAAGAAUGUCAUGCACAUCUUCAAUCAAUCUUCUAACGAAAUGGUCGAAUAUUUGGAUGAAGUUUCUGGAGAUGCUGUGGAUUGCAAGCUGAUUUCCAGUCGUUUAACGGCGAACGUUUUCGCCGGAUGGAUUUUCGGCUAUAAAAUAAAUUGCUUCAAAGAUGUUGAUAAUGAGUUUUUCGUUUAUUCGCAUAAACUUUUGGAACCCACUGUAGCGAAUUUCAUUAGAUUUGUUGGUGUUUUCGUCAUGCCUGAAAUUGCGACUUUCUUUAAAGUCAAUAUGUUCAAGAAGAGAGAUUUGGACUUUUACAGGCGUCACUUUUGGAAGUCGGUGAAUUUGCGCGAAGAAUCUGGUGUGAAUAAUAACGAUUUAAUUGAUUGUUAUGUCCAAUUGAAUAAGGAAGGAGAUUUGGGAGAUGGAUUUACUUUAGAUGAAGAUAGCCUUUCGGGUCUAGCCAUACAAUUCUUCUUAGCUGGCUACGAAACUACAAGCUCUUUGAUUUCAUUCACCCUCUACGAAUUAGCCAUGAACGAAGAUAUCCAACAAAAAUUAAGGCAUGAAAUCUUCGAUAGCUUAGCUGUUGAAGAAGAUGGUAACUUUAGUUACGAGAAUAUCAUAGAUCUCAGUUACUUGAAUAAAGUCAUAUCAGAAUCUUUGAGGAAAUAUCCGACACUUCCACUCAUAGAAAGAAAGUGCGUGAAGGAUUACCAAAUCCCAGGAACCAAAAUUAUUAUUGAAAAAGGCACAAAAUGCCAAUUUUCUCCUAUCGGAUUACAUCAUGAUCCUGAAUUCUUUCCAAAUCCAGACAUUUUCGAUCCUGAAAGAUUCUCACCUGAAAACGUAAAAACUCGUCCUCCCUACGUUUACAUGCCUUUUGGUCAUGGACCUCAUAAUUGCAUAGGAAAAAAAUUCGGUUUGUUGACUGCCAAAAUUUGCAUCGCCCAAAUCCUAACGAAUUUCCAGAUUUUACCCACUGAAAGUACACCGAAACGUAUCGAAAUUGACAGCAUAAUGUUUCUGAUCAAACCGAAGGAUGUUUUCUUAAAAUUUGUAAAAUUGUAAUUUUCCUAGAAGAAAU